CUGUAGGUGGAAUGGCUGAAAAAUGAAGAACCCAUCGACUCAGAACAAGAUGAGAACAUUGACACCAGGGCUGACCAUAACCUGAUCAUCAGGCAGGCACGACUCUCUGACUCAGGGAACUAUACUUGCAUGGCAGCCAACAUAGUAGCCAAGAGGAGGAGCCUGUCAGCCACCGUGGUGGUCUAUGUGAAUGGAGGCUGGUCUUCCUGGACGGAGUGGUCAGCCUGCAAUGUUCGCUGUGGUAGAGGAUGGCAGAAACGUUCCCGGACCUGCACCAACCCAGCUCCUCUCAAUGGUGGGGCCUUUUGUGAGGGAAUGUCAGUGCAGAAAAUAACCUGCACUUCUCUUUGUCCUGUGGACGGAAGCUGGGAAGUAUGGAGCGAAUGGUCCGUCUGCAGUCCAGACUGUGAGCAUCUCCGGAUUCGGGAAUGCUCAGCACCACCCCCGAGAAAUGGGGGCAAAUUCUGUGAAGGUCUCAGCCAGGAAUCUGAAAACUGCACAGAUGGUCUCUGCACGCUAGAUAAAAAACCUCUUCAUGAAAUAAAACCCCAAAGAUGGAGUAGGAGAGGCAUCGAGAAUGCCAGCGACAUUGCCCUGUACUCAGGCCUGGGUGCUGCAGUUGUGGCCGUGGCAGUCCUGGUCAUUGGUGUCACCCUUUAUAGACGGAGCCAGAGUGACUACGGCGUGGACGUCAUCGACUCUUCUGCAUUGACAGGUGGCUUCCAGACCUUCAACUUCAAAACAGUCCGUCAAGGGCUGGGGAUGGAACCCAAGACCUCGUGCAUGCUAGGCAAGCACUCUGUCACUGAGCUACAUCCCCUGCCCUGUAACUCCCUGCUCCUGAAUUCUGCCAUGCAACCAGACCUGACAGUGAGCCGAACAUACAGCGGUCCCAUCUGUCUACAGGACCCACUGGACAAGGAACUCAUGACAGAGUCCUCCCUCUUCAACCCUUUGUCGGACAUCAAAGUCAAAGUGCAGAGCUCAUUCAUGGUUUCUCUGGGAGUGUCUGAGAGAGCCGAGUACCACGGCAAGAAUCACUCUGGGACAUUUCCCCAUGGAAACAACCGCAGCUUUAGUACAAUGCAUCCCCGAAAUAAAACGCCAUACAUCCAAAAUCUGUCAUCACUCCCCACAAGGACAGAACUGAGGACAACUGGUGUCUUUGGCCAUUUAGGAGGGCGCCUAGUAAUGCCAAAUACAGGUGGGUGGUAAGUGUGUGCCUGUGUACUUUCCAGAGUUUGUUUAAAUACUUCAUAUAAUUAUAUCCUGUCAAAGUCA